CGUCCAUCCAUUCUACCUGUACCACCUCCCUGUCCAAGUAGCUACAUUCCGGGAGUUGUGACGUUCGUCUUGUCAGCUCUCAUAUAUCAUUCCUCUGUCAUUCGUGGGUGAGUGGACCGUGGUUAGUCUGGUUGAGUCAUGGCGGACGUGUCUGGCAACAUGCUGAAGCGGCCUCGUCCCGAGGAUGAAGACAAUAACGCACAGAAAAGAACUCGUUCCAACGAUGGCUCGCCGUUGCCAGCUCAAGGAGGCAACGCUGCCGCCGGCAAGGUGGACAUCGAGAAGAUGGUGGCGGAAGCGAGAGCGAAGGCAGAGGCCGUGCGCGCCAGACUUCAGGCCGCCAGAGGCGGAGCUCCAGCGCUCACACCAGCAGCUCAAAACCCAAGUCCUACUCCUCCUCCCGCUACCUCAGCAAUGUCGAAGCUAGAACAAAUGAAAGCGAGAGUUGCAGCAGCUACCGGACGUGCCAACGCGGCUGCUCAGCAACGGACUCCUGUUCCACCUCCACCACCUCCUCCCUUCGACGACGACGAUGGUCCGUCACGGGCCCGCGGCGGCCUGGAUGUUGGCCUUCAUCCUGCGCUUCUCUCAGACACUACAGAGUUUCGAAGUGGUAAAGGACGGCAGUCAGCUCAGUCCAAGUUCGGGACAGGCCAUCGGACUGACUCUCCACUGCCUGGCACGAAGGAUCGGGCUGGACUCGAUUUGUCAGGGCCUUCGCUCGAAGAGAUCAAGAGUAAUCCCUACUUUGAUCCAAGCCUCGGUCCUAAAGCUACUAUCGCGAAGCCGAGACAAUCCCGGCAACUGAUAUUCAAUCAGAAGGGCAAAUACAUCCAGCAGGCGGCAGCUCUACGUCGGCAAGCCCUACUGGAGGAUAUGAAAAGGCGCAUCGCAGAAAGAGCACGACAGGCUGGUAUUGAUGAGGAUCUGGAUGUCGAGAAAGCAUUUCUUGUGCCUGCGCCUCCGGCCAUCGAAUGGUGGGACGAGGGUUUGGUGAAUGGCAACGAUUACUCUGCUAUCGAUGACGAACGCAAUCUCAAGAUCGACACACCUGAUUCUAUCGUCACUCCCUACGUGCAGCAUCCGGUUCUUCUCGAGCCUCCUCAAGAGAAGCAUAUGCCAGGACAAAAGCCGAUGUAUCUUACACCGAAGGAACAGGCAAAGAUUCGGCGUCAGCGACGAAUGGCCGAUCUCAAAGAGCAACAAGCGAAGAUCCGAUUGGGUCUCGAACCGGCUCCUCCGCCAAAGGUCAAGAAAUCUAAUCUCAUGCGGGUUCUGGGCGAAGAGGCUGUCAAAGACCCUACUGCAGUCGAGGCACGUGUGACCCGAGAGAUUGCAGAGCGUCGCGAAAAGCACGAGACUACAAAUGAGGCUCGGAAAUUGACAAAGGAGCAAAGGCGAGAGAAAAUUGCCCAGCAACAGGAGAAAGAUGCUGAAAUGGGUAUCUAUGUCUCCGUAUACCGAAUUGACAGUCUUGCAAAUGGGCGCCAUCGUUUUAAAGUCAGCAAGAAUGCCGAACAGAACGCGCUCACUGGCGUCUGCAUCAUGCACCCUCGGUUCAAUCUGGUCAUUGUAGAGGGAGGUGCCCACUCUAUCACCAAUUACAGGAAAUUAAUGUUGAAUCGGAUUGACUGGACAGAGAACGCGGGGCCAAACGGGGUGCGAGAAGGCAAUCGCGAAGCCUCUGCCUCGUGGCUGUCAGCAGAAGACGAGAAAACCGGCGCAUUGAAGGAUCUCAGCUCCAACACAUGCAGCCUCCUAUGGGAAGGCCAAGCUAAAGCUCGUUCAUUCAGGAAAUGGUUGGGUGCUCGUGUUUGUGAGACAGACUCGCAAGCGAAGGACGUUUUGGCUCGAGCAAAGAUGGAGAAUUUUUGGGUUUUGGCAAAAAGUGCGAAGCCCAAGGAAGUGUAAACGGCUGAAGCUAUCGAUUCUAGUCUUCUUUCGAAGGCACCCAUGACAGAGAUGUGAUCUAUUGAAAGCAUUGUAAUUUAGAAGUAAAGCAACAUCAUGAUGAGCUAUAACCAUCCAGAGCAACCGUCCUGUACAUUCGACAAACACCCAAGGAACAAA